AUGGCAAACAACUACGGAAAUGCAGGCUAUAAUGGCCCAACAAACGGACCAUAUGGAAAUGCUGGAUAUAAUGGAGCAAACGGACCAUAUGGAAAUAAUUCGGUGCAUCAAGGUCAACCACAUACCGAUCAAAAUGGAGUACCAAUUCUUCACUAUGGAAACGGUGGCUACAAUGGGCCACAGGCUCAAUACGGAAACGCGGGACAGAAUCAGCCAUCCGGUCCAUUUGGUGGAGCUGGUUACACCGGACCAACUGCUGGUACUGGGUUCGGUAAUGCUGGAUACACCCCUUCGCCACCUGCCGGUGUUCCAGGAAAUGGAUUUGUUCCUGGAGGAGUUGAUGUGCAUGAUGAUCACCACCACGAUGGACACCAUAAGAAACACGGAAGGAAGGAGCAUGAUCAUCAUCAUGGGCAUCAUCACGGUCACCACCAUAAGCAUUAA